UGGUAUCUCUUACCCAAAAUUUCCGCUCGCUCUCUCUCUCUCUCUGUCUAUCUUUUCUGCUCGUUCUGGUCUUUCCUCCUCGUGAAUAAAGAAACCAAGAUCGUUGAACAGCGCUCUUAAUUCUCCCCGUCUUUCCAUUCCCUUUUUUUUGGGUUUCCAGAAUAUAUUUGGCAGGUUAAUUGAAGCAGGAUUUCUCGCUGGACAAUGGGAUCCUCCACCACCGCCACGGCGAUUUACAAUAUCCACUCCGCUUCGCAAAGAUACGGAGCCCUUUCCCUCCUCCUCCUCCUCCUCUUAAUCCUUCCCCUCAUAUAGUCUCUGUCUCAGAUUCGGUGUACUCUCUCGCCCCAUGGUCAGAGACCCACUCGGAUGCCUUGUUGAGCAGUCGGGGGUCGGUUAGCGGCAUCCGUGAUCUCUUCUAGUGCUGCUGCAUGUCAUUCGAUUCUGGUAUGAUAUAGUAGGGUUUCUGGCUUCUCUUUGCAUUGGGUUUGAUCCUUUUGCUUCGAUUGUAUAUAUACAUAACAUCGUCGCCAUCACUUCGUAGAGAAUUUUUGGUCUCUCAGGAGGGUGAGGGCUUUACUGCUCAUUUCUAAAGAUUUCACCUUGUCCCCUUGGUAUUUUUUCCGGUGGACAGUCGAAUGCUUGUUAUCAAUCUCUGUAACCUUCGGAGCUUUUUUCAUUUUUGCCCCGAUAGAUCUUUGGUUGAAAGGAGGGAUUUUUAUGAGGAGGGAAGGGGAACUGCUGGGUUUUUUAUGACUAGGAGCAGUUUAAGUUUAUGGGAGUAGCCGAUCACCUAAUUCUUGAUCUGAUACAAAAGGUCAGGUCUUUGAUCUUCUGUCCGUUUGCAAGUGUCUCCAAAUCGUUGAUGCCGGGCGGCGUUGGCGGUGGCAGCAGCGACCGCCUGAUGUGUUACGAGUGCCGGGCGGGGUUGGGAGGGUCCGUUUGUGGGCACCGGUGCCAGAGUUGCGGCCGGGUGUUCUGCCGGAAGUGCAUGCAGAGCGGGGGCAGCAGCGGCUCGAGUGUGGAACCAGUGGAGCAGCAGCCCAAGUACUGCAAGUUCUGCUUCCAGGCCAUUUCUGGGCACACAGACGUGGCUGUGAAGCGCCGGAGUGAGAAAGUUAGUCCUUUGGUGUCUCCAGAGUUCGUCCCAAAGUCACCUCUGUCUGGAUCCGUCAGUAACAGCAAACUUGGUGGUCCGCCAGAGCUGCGGCAGUUUUCAUCUGCACAGAUGCUUCGUUGCUCCACCUGCAGGAGUGAUAUGGAAGGAGUGGUUGAUGAAGCUGGGAAGCAAUUUUUGAGCCCGUUGAUUGAGUUCUCUCAGGAUGUCUCUGAUAUAGAUGCUAUUAGUACUUGUACUGUAAAUGAGAUCUGCAGUUUCAAGUCGAUGACUUCAAGUCCUUUAGACAGCCCUAGUAGGACAGUUGAGAAAGGGGAUGUUAGCCCUAUGUCGCGAAAGAUUGGUCUUUUUGAUCAAGAUUCUCUACGUUACUUGCGUAAACCUGGAGGGGAGUCUGAGGAUUUGCUGGAACAUGGCAGUGAUUGCACAUAUGACAAUCUUUCAGUUUACCAGAAUCAAGAUUGCCAAAAGGCUCAACAGCCCUUGGAUUUUGAGAACAAUUUGGAGAUUUGGUAUCCUCCGCCCCCUGAAGAUGAGGGGGAUGAUGUGGAGACUGGAGUUUUUGAGUAUGAUGAUGACGAUGAUGAGGUCGGUGAUUCAGGCAAGCUAUUCUCAUCUAGUAGCUUCAGUAGUGAUGUGUUCCGGAUAAAGGAAAAAUCUAAUGAAGCGCAGAAAGAACUUUUAAGAAAUUCUGUACGUGGGCAUUUCAGGGUCCUUGUCUCUCAGUUAUUGAAAGGGGAAGGUGUUCAUGUUGGGAAUGAGAAUGGUGGGGAGGGCUGGCUGGAAGUUGUUUCCUCGCUGGCAUGGCAAGCAGCUAAUUUUGUGAAACCUGAUACCAGCAAAGGUGGCAGCAUGGAUCCUGGUGAUUAUGUCAAGGUCAAGUGUAUAGCUUCAGGAAGGCCAAUCGAUAGCACCCUUAUUAAAGGAGUAGUUUGUACUAAGAAUAUAAAACAUAAACGCAUGGUCUCACAGCAUAAAAAUCCUAGGUUGCUUCUUUUGGGAGGAGCACUGGAGUACCAGAAAGUUCCAAAUAAGUUGGCUUCAAUAGAUACUGUACUUGAACAGGAAAUUGAUCACCUGAAAAUGGCUGUUGGAAAGAUAGAGCUCCAUCGCCCAAAUGUGCUUCUAGUUGAAAAAAGUGUCUCUUCAUAUGCUCAAGAGUAUCUUUUGGCAAAAGAGAUAUCAUUGGUGUUGAAUGUCAAGAGGCCACUUUUGGAGAGAAUAUCACGGUGUACUGGUGCUCAGAUAGUUCCAUCCAUUGAUAAUGUUGCUUCAGCUAGGUUAGGACACUGUGAAAUGUUCCGGGUGGAGAAAGUUUCUGAAGAAGGUUCUUCUGCUAACCAUCCAAACAAGAAGGCUGUUAAAACUUUGAUGUUCUUUGAAGGCUGUCCAAGACGGUUAGGGUGCACGGUUCUUUUAAGGGGUACAUGCCAUGAUGAAUUAAAGAAGGUUAAACAUGUUGUUCAAUUUGCAAGCUUUGCAGCUUAUCAUCUGUCACUGGAGACCUCAUUUCUUGCAGAUGAGGGUGCCACACUUCCUAAAAUUCCUUUGAAACCUCCAUCGACCACAGGGCAGAAGCUUGUGAAUGCUGAUACCUUUGUUUCAAUGGCAUCUCCUUCAGCUAUCUCUGACAUGUGCCAAACAAGUGCAGACAGGUAUCAAGGAGGUGGAUCAGGAAGCAAGCUUGAAACAGAGUCCCUUUCUCCAUCCUCAAAUGUUUUUUCUUUAAAAAAGGAAGGAGUGAAAAUUAGAUUUGAGCAAAAAGAAUGCAAGCUGUCAUCUGAUUGUAUGAAGUCUGGUAGUUUCUUAGGUUUGCCUUCAACAUAUACUCAAAACUGUAGGGACUUUAUAGUUGGAUCAACUCUACAUACAUCUACUUAUGGUGCUGGGAGUUCAAUCUCUCCAUUCCGAUUCAAAGAACCAGGUUGUUCUUCAGAUUUUCCAACUUAUAUUGGAAUUCAUCAAGGCGAAAUAUUGGAGAAAUCAGUAAUAGAAACACGCAACUUAGCAAAUGAUAAGAAUCUAAGAUCUGGUGAUGAACAUAGAAGAACAGACUUGGAUGACAGGGAUGACGUUCCGACAGAGUACUUGUCGACUGCAGAAAAUCAUCAAAGCAUCUUGGUUUCCUUAUCAAGCACUUGUGUGUUAAAAGGCAUGGUGUGUGAACGCUCUCAACUCUUCCGUAUCAAAUUCUAUGGUAGUUUUGAUAAGCCACUUGGAAGAUAUCUCCGUGAUGACUUGUUUGACCAGACAUCUUACUGUCGUAUAUGUAAAGAGCCAGCAGAAGCCCAUGUUCAGUGUUAUACUCACCAGCAAGGCAGUCUUACAAUUAGUGUUAGGCGGCUUCCUGAGAUAAAAUUAUCUGGAGAACGUGAUGGGAGGAUUUGGAUGUGGCAUAGAUGCCUUAAGUGUGAACUUAAGGAUGGAGUCCCACCUGCUGCACAUAGAGUAGUCAUGUCUGAUGCUGCGUGGGGGCUUUCAUUUGGAAAAUUCUUGGAGCUCAGCUUUUCAAAUCAUGCAACUGCUAACCGUAUUGCAAGUUGUGGUCAUUCUCUCCAGAGAGACUGCCUAAGAUUUUAUGGGUUUGGGAGCAUGGUUGCCUUCUUUCGCUAUUCCCCUGUAGAUAUUUUAUCUGUUAACUUGCCACCCUCAACUCUGGAUUUCACUAGCCAGACUCAGCAAGAAUUGGUGAGAAAAGAGGCAGCUAAGAUAUCCAAUAAAGUGGAAUUCUUGCAUGCGGAAGUGUCUAAAGGGCUUCAGGGAAUUGAAAAGAAGAUCACAAUUUCUGAGCAUGAACCUUUGAAGGCAAGCAUACCUAAGCACAUAACUCAGUUGAGGGAGUUGCUUAAAUGGGAAAAAAAUGAGUAUGAACAGGUUUUGCUGCAAACAGUUAAGAUAGAGAACAUUCAACUAUUCAAUGCAACGAUUGAUAUUUUAGAUCUCAAUCGCUUGAGACGCAACCUUCUACUUGAUGCUUAUUUGUGGGAUCAUCUACUAUAUCUGUUGGACUCAUUGUCUAAAGCUGAAAGUUAUACUGCCAAGGUUGAUCCAAAACUUCCAGAAAUUUUCUCUCCCACCAAGCUGAGAGAUUGGAGGGCUGAAUUAUUUUCUAAAGAUGGGCAGCUUUGGACCUCAUCUGAGAAAAAUAUUUCAAAGACAUCGACCUUGUUAGGAACCCCCAGGAAAUCUAUGUUGUCAAAGCAGCAAGAGGAGUUAAGCUUGCAGGUUUUGGAGAGUAAUUCAAUCAACAUGGUUGAAAUGGACCUUUCAAUUGAGUCUAUUGAGGGUUAUGUGGGCCCAGCAGGUCUUAACUUGGCCUCUGGUCACUGUAACGGAUAUGAUGAGAGAAAGGUUGUUGCUGAAGCUAGCAUUGACACUUCAUCCUUGGACUUACCUUCACCUGCCUCUAGUCUAUCUGAUCAAAUAGAUUUGGCAUGGACUGGUUCAGGGCAGUUAGUGAUGGAUCCACCCAAAAGUGUUUCUGAAGGUGAUUCAGUUGGAUCUUCGGGUCUGAUGGAUAACCCAUGCUAUAAGAAGGUCAUGUCCCCAGUUAGAGUUUAUUCAUUUGAUUCUGCUCUAAAAUUCAGAGACAGAGUACAUGGUGGAUUGUCUCCAUCAUUGCAUUUGACUUCAUUCACAUCAUUUGAUGCCUCUGGAGAUUCUGUGAGCAUGUGUAAGGAUGCAACUCCAAACAUGAGAAGAGCCUAUUCUGGAAGGUCUCCAAGGGAUAUACAGAGAUUGGAUAUUCUUCUCAGUCAUACACCCAUACACAUCUUAUCAGUGUCCCUUAUGGUGAGUGAUGGGGCUCGAUUGCUACUUCCUCAAACAGGUCUUAUUGAUGGAGUCAUUGCAGUAUAUGAUGAUGAGCCCACCAGCAUAAUAUCCUAUGCCAUGAUUUCCAGAGAGUAUGCUGAAUUCAUAACGUCCAAACUAAAUCAGCAUGGGGACUUGAAUGAAAAGGACAAAACCAGCAGUAUUCGGAAUCAAAUGGGCUACCAUGCAGAAGCUAUGAAUUUUGCGGCUCAAGAAUCUGUUGCCCAGUACCAGUCAAAUGAUACCCAGUCUUGGUCCUAUGGAUCUGAUGGAACUCAACUCUUACAGGAUAACCCUUCAGAUCCCAAGGAACCCCAUUUCAGAAUUUCUUUUGGUGAUGAUUCUUCAUUUCCUUCGGACAAGGUAAAAUAUUCGGUGACAUGUUAUUUUGCAAGACAAUUUGAUGCACUGAGGAAGAAAUGCUGCCCAAAUGAACUGGAUUAUAUGCGUUCCCUAAGCCGCUGUAAGAAAUGGAGUGCGCAAGGUGGUAAAAGCAACGUGUAUUUUGCCAAGUCAUGGGAUGACAGAUUUAUCAUAAAGCAAGUCACGAAAACAGAGUUAGAUUCUUUUGAAGACUUUGCUCCUGAAUACUUCAGGUAUUUGACAGAGUCAAUCACUUCUGGAAGCCCCACUUGCCUAGCCAAAAUCCUUGGUAUUUAUCAGGUGACUGUCAAACACUUGAAAGGUGGCCGGGAAGUAAGGAUGGAUUUAAUGGUGAUGGAGAAUCUCUUCUUUAGGAGGAAUAUAUCAAGAGUUUAUGAUCUCAAAGGCUCAUUGCGCUCCCGUUAUAACCCUGAUACUUCUGGAGACAACAGAGUUUUAUUAGAUCUGAACUUGUUAGAGACGCUCCGCACAAAGCCAAUUUUUUUGGGAAGCAAGGCAAAGAGAAGCUUGGAACGGGCUGUAUGGAAUGAUACUUCUUUUCUUGCGUCUGUGGAUGUCAUGGACUACUCGCUAUUGGUUGGCAUUGACGAGGAUCAGAAGGAACUUGUUAUAGGAAUCAUUGAUUUCAUGAGGCAGUAUACAUGGGAUAAGCACCUGGAAACCUGGGUCAAGGCCUCAGGCAUCCUUGGUGGUCCCAAAAAUGCAUCGCCCACUAUUAUAUCUCCAAUGCAAUACAAGAAACGGUUCAGGAAAGCCAUGUCGAAGUAUUUCCUCACCGUCCCCGACCAGUGGUCUUCAUGAGCCCCAUUUUUCAAUUGCCAGUGGGGCAUCAUUUCUACAGGUAAAUAGUAUACUAAAUUAUAUGCGAAUGAAGAAAUACAAAGAGAAAUAUGCUGUACCAUGCAUUUGAUUACUUAAUCUAAGUUUCCCCUUCAUAUCAUGUUUUUGGAUUUGAUAGAUGGGACCAAACCCGCUUGACACCAAGCAUGGUUAUUGCCAUUGCCAGACACUUUUUCUAAGAGGUUGAUCCCUCUACAUUCUUUUGUUAACUGUAUGUAAUGUACAAUUGGAGGAGUUGAACGAUGUCAACAGUCAACGGCUAAAACAUGGGAGUCACUGAAGGGUGUGUUGCUUGUAUCCUUUAUAAUUUCAACAAGUGUGAAAUAUUCCUACCAGAAAAACAAGGGUGGUAUAUUACUAGUUAGGAGGGUGAAAGCUAAUUUAUGGAUAGCAAUGGGCAUGUGAUGAACUCUCUUACUCAGAUAACUGUAUUUCCUUCAUUUUGACAUCAGUUAUGUUUUUUUAACUGGAAUACGAAUAAAAUGUUAUAUUUCUCGAUGGCCGGAGAAUA